UUCAAUGCAGUGUUUUGAAGAAAUAAAAGAAAAAGCCGGAGAAAUUACCUACUUUAAAGUUCGCCUGUUUCCCAGAGAGAAUAAGGAGCCACUAAAGGUCGAAGACUUAAUGAAAAAAUUUCGCCUUCAAGGUUCCAUUUCAAUCAAAAACAUGAACCUUCUGGAUGAAAAUAUGAAACUAAAAAAUUAUGAUAAUACUAAAACAAUUCUUAGAGAAUUUUCUGAAAAUCAAUUGUCUUUUUAUGGAAAAAAAAAGAGAGAUAAGGUAGCCAAACUUGAGCGUGAUAUAAAGAGUCUAUACUACAAAAUUGUGUUUAUAGAAUUGUUGAAUAUGAAGAAAAACUCUCCAUUGACAACUUUUAUGGAGAAAACAGAAUUGCUCUCUAUAUUCAAGGAAAAGUUAUCAGAAAAGAAAGAGCAGGGAGAACAUAAUUAUCCGGAAGAACAUAAUCAUGAUGAUGUAUACAAUUUUGUUAAAUCCAUGCCUAUUGGCACCUUGUUUGAUGAUGAUGACAGUUUGCCGAAGAUGAAAGAUGAAAGGAAAAGAAUGAAAGAGGAACUUGAAAAUUUGGAGCAUACAACACCAGAAACUUUGUGGCUCAAUGAUCUAGAGCGUUUUGAAUCUAUUGCAAAGAACCUGCUGCCUGAGGUGUAUACCUCGGCCAACGAAGAUUGAUAAUUAGAUUAGUCUCUCAAUAUUUAAUCAAAUCUUCUAAUUUUUUUUUUUUUCAUAUCAUUACACUAGGAUAACAAAAUCCUUACACAAAUAGUGUUAGAGAUGAACUUAUAUGUUUUUACAUUGUAAAGUUUUUCUGCACGCGUAAAAAAUCAAGUCAUGUCAAAUAGUUAACAUCUUGGAAUUUAGAAUGGAACUUUUGUAUAACCUACCAAUUGCUGAAUAUACCAAAUGCCGAAAUUUUGAAUUGAA